UGUUAUUUAUGGCAUAACUGUGAUGAGCUUGAAUGAAACAAGACCUAGAGCCGCCCCAUUGUUUAACAACCUAUUCAUGUACCCAUUAAACUUAGUCUAAUCAUUUCCAAGGCGCCAUAAAUGUGUGCACUGAAGUCCUUCAUCACCAUGGCUACGUAUACAAUAAAUCAUUAAUAUUUAAUAAAGAAAAGAAGCUGGCUAUAAGAAUCAACAGCAGGUCCUGCAGUGAUACCAUCGCUGAGGGAAAAGGCAACGGUAUGGAUGUAAGGAUGCACUGGUGCAUGACAAAACUGGAUUAAUUACACAGUUUAAAGAAUGCUAAACCCAUUUAUUUCUGCAUGGGAUGUUGCCUGGAAAAAAGAGUGAUGUUGGCAUGACGGAGCAGUAAAGAUAUUUGAUUUUUCUUUCCCAACGAUGUUCAGCCAGAAUGGAUGAAGACAGUAUUGCAGUGGUAGGCAUUGGAUGCAAUUUUCCAGGGGGAGAAGGGAUUAACAACUUCUGGAAAGUUCUGGUGGAUGGGAGAAAUUGUUCUGCGCCAAUUCCCAAAGAAAGAUUUGACUUAGUCAGCUGGUAUGACCCUGAUGACAACAAACCUGGUAAAUCCCGCACAGCCAAGGCUGCUCUGAUUGACGGGUUCAAUGAAUUUGACCACAAGUUUUUCGGCAUCAGUGACAGUGAAGUGGAACAAAUGGACCCUCAACAAAAACAGCUCCUUCAGUGUGUCUACAGGGCUUUAGAGAAUGCUGGAAUUCCUAUGGAGAAGGCCAGUGGGACCCGGACAGGAGUGUUUUUUGGCAUGAUGAACAGAGACUAUGAGACAAAUGCUGCAAACGUGCACCCAAGGGUGAUCAACCACUGGACUGGCACAGGGCUGGCCAUGAGUAUUGCAGCAAACAGAGUCUCCUACAUUUUCAACUUCACUGGCCCCUCACUGUCCAUUGACUGUGCCUGCUCAUCAUCUCUCGUGGCUCUUCAUCUGGCCUGUCAAUCAAUUAAACAAGGUGAUUGUGACAUGGCUGUUUGUGGAGGUGUCAACUGUAUCCUAGAGCCAAGAGUGUUUGUUGCUCUCAGCAAGGCCAUGAUGAUCUCACCUGAAGGGACCAGCAAACCUUUUUCCAACAGAGCAGAUGGUUAUGGUAGAGGGGAGGGCUGUGGCGUUGUUCUCCUGAAGCCUCUGAAAAAGGCUAUACAAGACCAUGACCAUAUCUGGGGUAUCAUCAGCAAAACAGCAGUCAACCAAGAUGGUCACUCAGUCACUCCAAUCACCAAACCCUCCAUGACACAACAAGAGGAGCUCCUGCGCAGAAUCUACUCAGAGUCUGACCUCGCAAAUGUCCAGUACAUAGAGGCACAUGGGACUGGAACCCCAGUUGGAGACUCAACAGAGGCGGGAAGCAUCUCAAAUGUCAUUGCAAAAGCCAAACCUCCUGGUUCAGAGACACUGCGGAUUGGCUCUGUGAAGGGCAACAUUGGACAUACAGAAUCUGCAGCUGGAGUGGCCGGACUCAUUAAGGUUCUCCUAAUGAUGAAGCAUGAGACCAUUGUUCCCUCAGUUUUCUACUCUCAAGAUUCUGCUAGUGUAGAUGCCAAAGCCCUGAACAUUAAAGUUCCUAUCCAAGCAGAAAAGUGGGAAGCCUCUGGUGUAAGAAUUGCAGGAGUGAACAACUUUGGCUUUGGGGGUACAAAUGCACAUGCCAUUGUCAAACAGCACAUACAGUCACACAAUGAGCGAAAGACUGAUGGGAAACAGGCAAAGUAUUUUGUCAUGUCUGCAAAUUCACCAAAAUCUCUUACUCUGAUGAUGGAAGACACCCUUAAAGAACUAGAAACAGAUGGCAAUGUUAAUCUAGAUUCUCUGUUGUACACAUCAGCUUGUAGGAGGAGCCAUCUGAAACAUAAAUACAGAAAGGCCAUUGUGGUUUCUUCUUUAGUCGAUCUUAAAGAGAAGUUAAGUGCCACUGUAGCCAAAAAGAUUAGCCCGUCCUACUCAGAUCCAAGGUUAGUGUUUGUCUUUUGUGGAAAUGGCGUCACUUACCAUGGCAUGUGCAAACAGCUACUUAAACACGAGCCUGUGUUCAGGGAUAAGAUCAAAGAGAUUGCACAACUUUUCCAAAGACUGAGUACGCUCAAUAUCUUGGACACCCUUGAGAGUGAGUUUGAGGAUAGUGACUUCAAAAACCCAGAUGUUGUCCAACCACUCCUCUUUGCUAUCCAAGUUGGCAUUACCACCCUAUUCAGACACUGGGGUGUCAAGCCUGAUGCAAUCCUUGGGCACUCUGUUGGGGAGGUUGCAGCUGCUCACUGUUCUGGCCUCUUGUCUCUUGAGGAUGCAGUAAAAGUCGUCUAUUUACGCAGCAUUCUCCAGAGAAAAGUCACUGGGGGAAAGAUGCUUGUGAUCAGCAACAUGGCUGUAUCAGAGGUAACUGCUCUUCUCCAUCGUUACUCUGGAAGAAUUUGCCUUGCUGCUUUCAACAGCCCUCAGUCCUGCACCCUCUCAGGUGAGGCAGAUGCAAUUGAGAGCCUCCAUAAGGAGCUAAGCACCUCAGCCAACAGUCAAAAUCUGUUCGUUCGUGUACUGGAUGUCUCUGCUGCUUAUCACAGCCACAUGAUGGACCCAAUUGUGCCAGAAAUUAAGGAGACAAUUGGCUCCUUGCAGGUGAAUGGUCUUGACACAGAGUUGUUCUCAACAGUGACGGGCAAGGAAGUCCAGCAGGGUGAUUUCUGCACAGGGGAAUACUGGGCUAGAAACAUUCGUGAGCCAGUAGCCUUUGAGCAGGCAGUGAGGUCAGCAACUAAAGGAAAGAAGAACACAGUCUUUGUGGAGAUAGGGCCAAGACGGGCACUACAGAGAAAUAUCAUGGAAUCUCUGGGUGAUGACACAGCUGUUCUUGCAUCUGUGCAGCCAGAGAAAGAUCAUGAAACAAUCAUUUCUGUUGUUUCUAAGCUGUUUGAACUGGGUGUCCAUGUAAAUUGGAGCACCUUCUACAUAGGAUAUGAGACAGUUCCAGUGCCUAUUUUGAAAUACCAGUUUGAUUGCUCAUACAGAGAUGUCAUCAUUGGGGCAGCACAGAAAAGAACAGCAAGUAAUCAUCCUGUUCUCUGUCAGACAGGAAGCGAAAGCAACGUUUUCAGCUGUGAUCUGAAGUCUGACUCAUCUUUCUACUUGAAAGAGCACAAGCAUAAUGAUAUACCCAUCAUCCCUGGUGCCUUCUAUGCUGAGUUGGGCUUAGCCGCAUUCAUGGCCAGUGGUAAACCAAAAGUACCGCUCAGCUCACUACAGCUCAGUGUCAGUUUUCACAGUCCAUUUGUUUUAACCCAGAAUUCCCCUGAAAUGAAGGUGCAACUAGAACAAAAAGAGAAAGAAACUGGUUUCAUGGUACUCUCAGCAUCUGCAUUGUAUGCAUCAGGCACAGUGGUUUCAAAGAAAGAGAGGCUGACUGAGGAGCAGUGCAUUUCACUAAGCUCCAUCUACAAAAGAUGCAAAUCUGUAGUUAGCUCUCAGGCGUUCUAUGGGUAUCUCUCUCAAGGAGGCUUUCAGUAUGGAGAUGUUUUCCAGAAUAAGGGGGAUGUGCAUUAUGGAGAAGAUCUCAAGGAGGCUUUUGUAGUUGUCACAGUUCCAGAACAACUGCGGUCUCAGUUGCACGACUACUGUAUUCAUCCUGUUGUGCUAGAUUUUCUGAUGCAGCUUCUCCCAGUUACAGUGAAGCACAUUUUUGCUGGUAGGCCAGGAUUUCCUGCCAAAAUAGGAAGUCUGACAGUGUUUGAACCCUUGCAAGAUGAGAUGAUUAUCUACCUUAGAGCAAUUGAUGUGGGCCUUGAUCACAUUGAGGUUUGUGGCUGUUUUGCAGAUAAAGAAGGAAGAGUGUUGGUUGAGGUUAAGCAUGUGAUCAUCAAGUACCUUGGCAGUCGCUCUCAUGUGGUGGAAGAGUACUUCUACCACAAUGCCUUUAGUGUCAUCCCUGAAGGCCUCACAUCGGCUCUUCCGCCUAAGGCCUUGGUCUUCUGUGACCAUAUAGGGAUCUCUAAAGGCCUUCAGCAAUAUUUGGACGUGAAGUCUAGAUAUGUAUCCUUCAAACAUGCUAAAUAUAUCUUGAGUCAUGGGUUUCCCUCUCUCUUGGCAAAUCUCAAUAUAACAGAUAUUGAGAAAAACUUUGAUGAGGUCUUGUUUUUGUGGGGCAAAGAAAACCUCACUUCACUGGCAGCUGAUGUUGUCCUGCAGCACUUGGCGAGCUGCUGUGAGAUUUUCCGCCAAAUAGUCCUUGAGCUAAAGCGAAUUAGCUUCCCACACUCCAUCCGGGCAGUCACCUACUGUUCAUCUGACAUCACUCUGGACCACAUAAGUCCAGGUUUUGCUCUCGCUGGCAUGACAAGAUCAUUUGCUGCAGAGAUACCAGAUCUUUCAUUUCAGCUGAUUGAUAUAAGCACAAUCUCUGCUAGGGACAUUGCAGCUCUGUCUGAGGUCCUAAGAUCAUGUCCUUGUAGCAAGUACCCAGAGUUGGUGGUAAAAGAUGGGCUGAUUCUGAAACCUUCCAUUGUGCGCACUCCACCAGAAGCCAUUGACAGUUCAGAGUGCAGUUUCACCUCUACAAUAUCUGAACCCUGUAUCCUUCAGACCACCGACGCACAUAAGAUGACUCAACUGAGUGCCAUCCACUUUGAGGAGGAGGCCCAGCCAAUCGGUGAUACAGCAGUUGAAAUUCGGCCCACUAAGAUAUGUGUUCAUUCAUCUGAUUACUUCCCUGUCAGUGCUUCGCAUCUGAAAUUUGGCCAGACACUGUACUGGAACAAACACUCAUCACAGAACCACAAGCUACUGGCUCUUGAUUUCAGUGGUACCAUUACAGCCGUCGGAAAAGAUGUCAGGAAAUUGAAAGUGGGAGACCAUGUUGCUUCCUGUUAUCCUGUGGUGGCGGCCAGCAAGGUCAGAGUUCCAGAGGAUGUAUGCUACAGCACUAAGCGGUUCCCAUUUCUUCGAAAAACACCCUGUGUUUCCUAUUUUGUGCUAGCAUGGGAGAUCCUGCAUCGAGCUUUGCCCAGAGCCAAACAUAAUCUAGGAAUCAUAUCUUCUGUGCCUGAUUCUGCUCUGUUGAAAGUCUUGGCAAUCACUUCUUACAAGUCAGGUUGGAAUGUCAUUGUUGGCACACAGUGCAAUGGCUCUUUUGUGGAUGUCAAUCAAAUGGAUGCAUUUGUUGUGCUGCCUCCAUUUAAUGAAUCUCUGAUUCUUAAAAUUUGCAACUUUCCAGGUGUCCAACAUGUUGUCUUCAUCUGCGAAUCUCAGAUGCAGUGUUCCCUUGCUCAGGGUGUGUUCCAAAGUAUAAGGGAAAGUGUUCACGUGCAGAUAAUUCAGAUGCCAGCCAUUUUGCAAAAGGGAUCCUUGAGUGCACAAAGGCCACGCAUUUAUCACUGGCUGAAGUCAAUGAGCUUUAGCAGGAAAUUUGGUCUUGAAAGCUUUACCUUUCAGAGUGUGAAAUCUGAAAGCAUCAAGAGCCUCAAUUCAGAAAAAUCCCAAUCAUACUUCAACUCAAAGAAACUGGGCGUUGUGGCUCUGGGAAAAGAUGCCAAAACUAUGCUGUCUGACAUUCCAGUACUUCCAAUAAAAAAGCUGCUUUUCCGAAAGCGAGCAGUGUACAUAGUGGCGGGUGGUCUUUCUGGUCUGGGCUUCGAAACUGUCAAGUUCAUUUCGCAAAGAGGGGGAGAGUACAUCGUUAUACUCUCCAGGAGCAAGCCUACACCAGAUGUGCAGCAAGAGAUACACAAUGUGGAGAAACAGUGUGGAAACUGCAUCACUACCAUGGAGUGUGACAUAUCUGUGUCUGAGCAUGUGCACAAGGUUAUCAGUGUCAUCGGCCAGAAAUUCCCUGGUUGUCCAGUCAGAGGAGUGUUUCACAGUGCUGUCGUCUUGCAUGAUGGGCUAAUUGAGACCCUUGACAGGUCGCUUUAUGAGAAGGUUCUCAAACCAAAAGUAAAUGGUGCACUGAAUUUGCACAACGCAACACAGAACUGUCAGUUGGAUUACUUUGUGUGUUACUCCUCCAUCUCAGCUUUUCUUGGAAACGCAUCACAAACAAACUACGCUGCCGCCAACACAUUCCUCGACAUGUUCUGUCAGUACAGGCGGAAACUCGGGCUGCCUGGACAGUCUAUCAACUGAGCUCUAAACCUCGGCCUCCUCUUGAACAAGGAGCAUUUCCAGCGGUUUCUGGAG